AUGAGCCGCGCGGCGAGCGGCGGCGCCGGGACCGGGAGAGGUGCGGAGUGGCACCGGUGCCGGUACAGGGGCGUGCGGCGGCGGGCGUGGGGCAAGUGGGUGUCGGAGAUCCGGGUGCCCGGCACGCGGGAGCGCCUGUGGCUGGGCUCCUACGCCGCGCCGGAGGCCGCCGCCGUCGCGCACGACGCCGCCGCGUGCCUCCUCCGCGGCGGCCGGCUGGCGCAAUGCCACCUCAACUUCCCCGACCGCGCCGCCUGCUACUACGCCGCCUACGGCGGGCACGCGCGCGCGCCGCCGCUGUCGCCGCGCUCCGUGCAGUGCGUUGCGUCCGACGCAGGCAUGGCCGCCGACGCGCAGAUCGUCGACGCGAGGGCGGCGGCUCUCGCCGCGCAGCCGACGCCCGUCCAGCCCGCCGCGUUCGCUUUUGGUAUUGGCGGCGUCGCGCAGGGGGGCGGUGGCGCGACGGUGCAAGGCGCAGCAGCGUGCGCGCCGCUGCUGCUGCCGCCGCCGCCGUAUAGCGACGGUGCUAGCAGCAGCACCAGUAGUGCGUAUUGGUCCACGCCGAGCGCGAGCGCGAGCGCCAGCAGAACCUCCUCCAGCGCCGGCAGUGAGCAGCCGCUUGUUUAUGGGGAUAUUAGCGUAGACGACAUAGAGAUCUUGAUUUGA